UUAUUGCUUAAAGAAAUUAUAUUACCUACAGGACUAAAGUUGAUUUAAAGAAAAUAAUCACCACAAGGCUGAUUGAUUGUGCCUGUGCUUUCGAUUCUUUAUGUUGCUUUCUGUUAUUGUUUCUAUGGCGGCUAAUUUGUAAACAAAGGAGCGUGGUUUACGAAUUUAGCGUGUAAUCUAAAGUUGAAAAUGUUGUGUUGUGCGUUUAUGUAACCUUACAAUGAGCUUUAGUUUAGACGAUCCUUUAGCAGGUAUUCUUAGUGAUGGCAGUGAUGAUAGUUUCUUUGAUGAUGAUAUUCUGGGAAAGAAAAAACCUGCCAAAAAGAAAACGACACCCUUAGCUGAAAAGAAAAGCGCAUUGUUCGAUUUGGGUACUAGCGAUAAACCAAAGUCAACAACUGAAGACAGAAAAGAAUUUCUCUCUUCUGAUUUUAAACCGGAUAAGCCAAAACCCCAGUCUCCUGCUACGUUUACCAGAACAGCGUCCAAAGAAUCAAUUAAAUUGCAUCCAUCCGAUUCUAAAAGUAAAUCUGACUUUGAUAAACCUGCCUUUGGAAAAUCGCCAGCAAAAACUAGACCUAGGACUAGCGGGGAGUCGCAGGACAUAUUGGGUGACCUUAUCCCAGAGACGAAAAAGGAACCCGGAAAAUCUUUAGAGAGAGGUAAAAGUUCACAGUCUCUGUUAGACGAUAUCCUUGGAGGGUCUUCAACUAAAACGGGUGGCUCUAGCCAGGCAGCCCGGCCCGCCACUGCUGCGAAAAGCCAAGAAUUUGAUUUUGAAUCAUUUCUGGGAAAGAGUGAAUCUAAGCAGACUGUUUCGUCUACUAAAACUACAAAUCAACAGCCAGUUGUAAAAGAAAUUAAGAAAGAACCGCAGAAGAAAUCAAAAGCCAGCGAAGACUGGUUGGGUAUUUUUCAGAAAGAAGAAGAUGAAGCGGAAGAUGAUACUGAUAUGCCAUCUUGGCUGGCGGGUGGGGAUUCUAAGAAGAAGAAAUCUGCGAAAAGCGAAGACAAACCUGAAUCUAAAUCGAAACAAACCGUUGAAGAGAAACCCGAAAACGCACCUGUUAUUAAAAAAGAAGCUGAACAGUACCCUCAAUUUGAUUCAAAAUUGGAACAGUUGUCUAAGGUGGCGACGAGUAACAGCGUACUGCAGGGCAGCAAUGAAGAUAUAACGGCGGAAGGAGCGGCGUUGUAUAUGCAGCAACAAGAGGCACAAUUAAUGGUUGCUUUACAGCUUAAGGCGCAGGAAGAAAAAUUGGCUGCCAUGCAGAUGCGUCAGCAAGAAACGCAACGCAUACAACGCGAGGCAGCGCUCGCUCACCACGCUCAAUUCGACGCCAUGUUAGCACGUCAAGCGGAGCACCGACGGCAGAUGCAGGCUGUGAUUGCUGCGCAUCAGGAUCGCAUCACGCAACGGAUUCAGGCUAUGCUAGGAAAUGCAGACACCAACGCUGAAGGUACAGAUGUGCUUGAACACGACCCACAAGGCCCGACAGAGCGUCAAGAGAGCCCGCAUACAAAGGAAAAGAAACAGUUGCUGCAGCUGGUGCAGUCGCUACAGGAGAACCAUGAUAAGGAGAUUGAUCUUAUGGAGACUUCUUACAGACGUCAAAUAGCUUUUCUAGAGAUAUCUCUCAGCCAAUCCGAAGAGCGCAUGAAAGACGAGAGCGACAAGCUAAUAAAAUUUUAUUCAGAAAAAAUCAAUUGGUUGGAAGAACAUCACGCGCUUUACAAAAAACUUAUUGAAGAAAAUUUGAAUUCUUUAACUGAUAGACAUAGGGCUGAGACUGAAAUACUGAGACAACAACAUGUGGACAAUGUUCGUGUGCUGCAAGAACAUCAUGCGUCGUUGAUGGAGAAUAUUAAGAACGCUGUAAAACAAGAACAGUUGUUAAUUCAGGAAUCAGCUGGGUUUUCGUCAAAUUUGCAGGAGUUGGUAGCAGACGUUAAGGAAAGCAAAACCCAAUGCAUUGCCCUUGUCGAAAAAGUCCAAGCUUUGGCGGAAAGCUCUAAACAUGAUAAUGAAAAGAGUUUACAGAUCAGAGAAACACAGAUUAAUGAAAUGAUACAACAGUUAAAAAAGGAAAAGGAAAACUUCGAUGCCGAAAAGUCAGAGAGUAGAGACAUGGUGAAAAUGUUAGAAACAAGAUUAAAGCAAAUGACAACGAUGAUAGAGGAUGAAACUACUUCAUUAAAACAAAAGAAAAUGGAGUUCGAAUUUGAAAAGGCAACUUUUAGCAAGCAAACAGAAUUUGCUAAGAAUGUUCUUAAACGGCAGGACGAAGAAAUGAAGAUGCUAAAAGAAGAUAUCCAAAAAGAAUACAAAGAUAAGAUAGCUAAAAUUGAAGAAGAUAAACAAAAAGCUCUGAAGGAUGUCGCAUUGGUUGCAAAAGAAAAGGCUUCAACGCAAAGUCUUAAACAAGAAAUAGAGAAAUUGAAGACUGAUCUUCAAGCUCAACUAGAAGAAGUUACUGAAGAAAGAUCCAGGUUGAAUAUAGAAAAACAACAAAUGCACAUGGAGGAGCAAAGAAUAUUGGCUAAGAGUAGAGAUUUAGAUCUAUUAGCCAAGACAGCGAUAGAAAAACAAUCACAAGCUGAUAAAAAAUAUUCAGAAGCUGAAUUUAUUCAAAGAAAAUACGAAGAAAGGAUACGUCGAAUCCAAGAACAUGUGGUUUCUUUAAAUAACAGAGAAAAACAAAUAGCAAAAGAAAAAGUAGCUCUCUCAAGAGAAAGACUAAACUUGCAUAAUGAAAGAAAGCAGAUGGAGGGAAAACAGCAGUGUUCUCUGUGUAAAUCUGUCCAAAGUGUCCCGCAGUAUAAUUUUGAUUCUUCAUAUUUACCAGAAACGUUUCUACAAAUGCCAGUGUCUAGAGAUUUUGGGAAUACGCAAAUGACUUCAGCCAUGACAGCGAUUGAACAAGAAAUGGCGCAUUUAAUGGGACAAAGUUUUAGUCUCAGACAUACUCCCGGUUUGAAUAUAAAUCGUGAAGAGAGGCAUAAUGCAAACGAUGUUAGAAAUGCCGACGAGAAUGUACAGUCCAGUGAAAUUGAACCAGGGGCUUUUAAGGAUUACAUGGACCCCAAAUUUAUGAUGCUGCGUUUAGAUGUCCAACAAGUUAUAAGUAAUUUAGAUCAAAAUAAGACUGAUCAAGUUGGUCCCACAGAAAACGACCAACAAGAAGAAUAAGUUAAUAUCGUGUUAUAAUUAUAACAGAUAAAAGUAGACAGAAUCAACAGCAGUACCCACACCAUGAGUUUGGACAUUGACAUAUACGCUCACGUCUCGUCUAAGUAAUUUACUUUCUACAUCUAGCUUGCACUAACGUGCCAGUACGAGCGAGAUGCAUAGAAAGUAAGUUACGUGAAGUGAGCGAAUUUGUCAAUGUCAAAACUCAUGGUACGGGUGCAGCUUAUUCAACACGGUUGUCUGAUAACGUAUGAAAACUAUAUCGUGGAAAUGCGUGGAAUGCGUGAGUAGCGUGGGGAUUUAAGCAUCAUGGGCACCUUCGCACCAGAAACGACAGGGAGUGGUUUGUUUUUAUAAAUGUACUAUAGUUUAAAUUUUUAUUUGUAAGUUUUAGUCGUAAUUUGAUUUGUCUCCUUCAUUGUGUAAAUAAGUAAUAAAUCAGAUUUACAAGUUGCGGAAACGUUUAAAAAAUUUCAUAGGAAAUUGAGGAGACUUUCAUUUUGGAAACGAAAAAUUUCAGUGAAAUAUCCGAAAAUUUUCAAUGUACAAAUUUCGCAACUUUGGAAUAUUUCCACCGGCACAUCACAUCAGUAAGAAAAACUGAAGAAAUAAGAAGUCUAAGAACAUCACUAGUAAUGUAGUUAUUGGGGUGAAGCCUCGUUCGCCGAGUGCUCUAACCCCAUAAUGCUUGCAGAUCAGCAAAAAACCUAAUUCCGAAGCUUGAAUUCACUUUCUCGCCGAGUUACACGCGUCUCGUAAGUGGAUGAUUGCCCUCAGUUUUUUAGCUAUUGGUAAGUACUUAGCGGUUAUCUAGGUUGAUAGCCUAAUUGAUUCCUAACAAAACUUUAGCAUAGGGUAUUUAUGGAUUAGCAAUUAAUUUGUUGGGUUACAUUUCAUUUGAGUUUGAUUGUUAUAGUGUUUAUAGACCAUUAGGUAGAUAUUAAAUUAAUAUACUUAACAUAUAGCAAAAUCAUGAUUGCGAACAAAGAAUUGUUACAAGUUAGAUAUGUUACAUAGGUCAAACAUUUUUUUGAGUGCGGGACUUGAGACUUCGUAUAUGGGCAUAUUAUUAGAAUAAAGCAAAAAAUAUUUCAGCGUUUUUGAAAACCCUUCUGCUAAAAGGGUUAAAUAGGGGUUGAAAGUUUGAAUCCAUUACAAAUGCUUUAAAACUUCAUAGA